GAUUAUGGGAGACGGUCGUCAAGGCAGUCGCCAUCUUGGAUCUACACAAACAUGGUGGCUUACGGCCUGCGCAUCCUCUACAAUAUAUGAAAAACAUUUGAAAAGAGACACACAAAAAUAAGCGAAGAUGACGACUCAAACUCAGACUUUAUAUAAACCUGGUUUUCAGGUUUCUCGAAAACAUGAUUAUCUCUAUGAUAAGGUGCAUACUCUCUCCUCUGAACGUGACCAUGCCAGGGCAACAUUCAAAGCACACACCGACGCCUCCCGUAUUAAGAAAAUGCCACUCUUCCCUGCGAUGUUCAGCGAGCUCUAUCAUUUUCCACGGCUACAGUUGAAACUGGACACUGCAGAUCCAGUGCCAAAGUUCAUUAAUCGCCAGUGGCAAGGGUAUCCUGAUCAGCAGCGAGAAGCUCUUAUCCGUUACUCAACCUUUAACUAUGACCCUACCAUCACAGUGCCACCUAAGCAUUUUGAAGACCCAGAAGUGUCAGGGCGACAAAGAUACCGCUAUUUCAAAAGGCCAAUCAUCCCAUUCCUCCAGCAGAUACCCCCUGAAGUCCUUCUUGCAACAGCCAGGCAAGAUCCUCUGGCUGGGCUGAGCGAAAUGAUUGCCGAGAGACCUCCAACACCUGCCAUCAGAACAAUAUGCACACAGACAGACUAUCGUGAUUCGGAAGCUCAGACUGAUCCCUAUUCACCAGAGUAUGUUGUUCGCCCAGGUUCCGCUCCAGAACUGCUGACCUUGGCAACGCUCUCAUAUGGUCGUGGUCUUCCUGCCGGACUUGCAGAGAUUGAGAUGAUUGAACGGGCCCGUGCCAAACGUGCAUGGGAGGCAACUCUUCCACCUUUAAGUGAUUUGACAAGACUGCCGCUGCGCAAGAAAAUGAUGGAGGAACAGGAAAUGAAAGAAUGGGCUUUAAGAGAACAAGAGAUUGAAAAGCUGCAGGAAGCUCGUCUACAAGUUCUGAAAAGUCUUCUUAUCAAGCGAGAAGAGAAUCACCAGGAGUUGAACAUAAAACGCCUGGACAAAACAUGGAUGAAAAGGCAAAGAAAAAAAGAGGCCAGGAUUAAAAUAAUCAGACAUGAGCACAUCAGGUCAAUCAGAAGACUUACAAAAGUUCGACAGGCUAUUCUAAACAAGUACAAACCUCGUGAUAUUGUCAAGGACUACAGUGAUCCAGGCAGCCAGGCUUAUGCCCCACUAACCCGAUUAGGAGUCUUUUUUGAUCGUGGCUCAGAACAAUAUGUUGUCAAGAACAGAUACCUGUCGACAUUCCAGGGCUUGCAAGAACUGGAGGCUUCGCUGCCGGAGUUUGUUACACAGCCUCGCAUCAAGGCUCCCAAGAGUGAGCCUGUCACUAAACUCGGUUUCGCCAAGCGCAGGUACCGCCAGAUCAAUCAGCUCAGGGAGAUGUACGAGUCCAUCCAGAAUGAGAAAAAUAAGUCCCUGAAUGUAAAGGAACCACUACGGUACUUGCAAGUUGUUGAGAAGCCUAAACCACGGCCUCCAACCCCUUCUGUUGAAAUACCAGAUGAGGAGGAGCAAGAAAAGGAACUAGCAGUCAUCUUCCUGCAACAGGUGAUACGUGGCCGUGCUGUACAGAACAUGAUGUUUGAGGGCAAGGAGAAGAGAAUCGAGUUGAUCCGAGAAUUGCGAACCACACAUGCCCUCCAGCAGCCUGAGCAGGCUCAGAAAUUUAAGGAAAUGCAGGACACACUUGCUUUGCAACGACAGCGCCGCCUACAUGAACACAAAGAAUCCCUGGUAGAUGAGGGACUCAGUAAUAUGGAAGGGGAAAGCCUGGGCAAUAUGCUUGAUUUCCUGAGUAAAGAGCUCAUACGUCUACAAGAGGAGCGGCGUAUUCACGCUUUCUCCAUGUUAGCUGAGCGCCAGCGCCGCCGGCGUGAAGCGGAGGAGAGUGGCAGACGUCAAGUGGAGGAACGGCGCCGCCGCGAGGAAGAUGAAAUUUUCAAGCAGGUGGUGAAGGUGCAUCAGACCAGUGUGGACACCUACCUGGAGGACAUCAUUCUCGGUGCAGUGGAUUCCACAGCUGACGUCCAGGCACGAGCAGAGAUCCAUGCACAAGCUCAGAAAAUCAAUGACGUGGCUUACGAGAUUGAGAGCAGACGAACCCAGCUAGAGUCUGAGGAGAUUGUUGCUGAUUUGGUCCAUUCCUUCCUGCUGCCUGAGGUCCGGAAACAAUCAGUGAGGGAAAAAAUUCAUCAGCAGCAGCGAAAGUUCCUGAUGGCUGCACAUAAAGAGAUCAUUAAAGAUGGAGAGCAGAUUAUCAGCACUUUCCCUACACCUGAACCACUUCGGCCUCUGCCCUCUACAUCAGACGAUGCUCCUCAUGAAAGUGAUACAGUCGAGGAUCCUGUUGAGGAUACAGUCGAAAGAUCUAGUUGAGGAUACAGUCGAUAAUCCAAUUGAGGAUACAGUCGAUGAUCCAGUUGAGGAUACAGUUGAUGAUCCAGUUGUGGAAAGUCAAUGAUCCAGUUGAGGACAAUCAUAAAGCUCAGCUUGAUUGCUCAGCAUUUAACAGUGAUAGUGACUGAUACAGUCAAUGGUCCAGUUAGGGAAUUUUUAUAAUUAAACAAGUUUAAUUUGAGUGCUCAUUAUUUUUUUUUGUAAACAUCUCUUGCAGAGCAAAAGGUAUGCUAUAAAAAACUUGAUGACUGUGCAGGAUACAAAGAUCAAGCAUUUUUCUUAUCAUAACAAACUCUGAAAUUAUAGAUUAUACUCUGUAAAAUAAUUGUACUCUAAAAUAUUUUCUUCCUUUUAUCACACCAUUGCUUUAGGCAUUUUCAAGCUAAUCUGUGAUGAAUCAUAUCUUUACUUGUAACUUAAAUGCUUUCAUUUUGUGUCAGUAGGGUUGAGUAUGGGCGUAUGACUGUGUUCGUUAGUGCAAUUGUCUGUGUUGGUAUUUUUUCCCCCCAGAAUUUACUGUCAAGUAAAAUCACGAAACAGAAGAAUAUAGUGUAGUGUAAUAGUUUCUGUAUAUAUUAUAUAAUUACACAAAAAUUUAUGUGGAAGACUUUGCCAUCAUAAAAGAUAUUAAGUGAUGUGAUAGGCAGAAGACCAAUAACUAAUACAAAGAAAAUGACAUGCUGCUUGGAGAGUUUGUCACAAAGUCACUCCAUCUUAAUAAAGUAAUUUUUCAAGUGAG